AUCAGUCAAACCUAUUUGGAGAAUUCUACGUGGAACUGUACUUAUCCUUACCUUAGUGACGUGGUUAUUUUAUGAAAGAAAGUGUCUAAACAGAGACAACUCUUGGAUUGAUCCAAAGAUGGCGUUUAUUAAAGAGGAGAGUAAAGACAUGAAGAUUGAAGAAACAUUCAGAGUCGAACAUCAAGAAACUGAGGAACAAACAGACCUGAUGGUGCUGAAAGAGGAGAGUCAAGAACUGAAUGAAACCGAAGAGAAACGGCAUGAUUUCAAACCUGGAGAAAAAUCGAUUGGUUGCUCACAGAAUGAAAAUAAUUCAACACCAAAAAAAGCUAAAAAAACAAAAACUGCAAACCAUAAUUCCCAGAUGAGAAUUCACACUGGAGAGAAACCUUUCACCUGCAAACAGUGUGGAGAGAUUUUCAGUCAAAAAGAAAGCCGUAAAGUCCACAUGAAAAUUCACAUUGAAAAGAAACGGUUCAUAUGCUGUCAGUGUGGAAAGAGUUUUACACGGGAAUGUCACCUUAACACCCACAUAAGAAAUCAUACUGGAGAAAGACCAUUCACCUGCAAACUGUGUGGGAGCAGUUUCACACAAAAUGGACAUCUCAAGACUCACAUGACAGUACACACUGGAGAGAGACCACACAUAUGUAUUCAGUGUGGAAAGUAUUUUACACAGAAAAAAAACCUUAAGGUGCACAUGAGAAUUCACACUGGAGAGAAGCCUUACACCUGCAAACUGUGUGGGAUGAGUUUCAUACGAGUUGGAGUUCUUAAGAAUCACAUGAGAGUUCAUACUGGAGUGAAACCUUACACCUGCAAACAGUGUGGAAAGAGUUUCACUCGUCAAGAAAACAUUAAAUAUCACAUGAGAGUUCACACUGGAGAGAGACCGUUCAUAUGUGUUCAGUGUGGAAAGAGUUUGAAAUAUAAAGAGAGUCUUAAGUAUCACAUGAGAAUUCACACAAGAGAGAACGGUUUUAAAUGUCAUCAGUGCGAAAGGAGCUUCACAGACACAAAUCACCUUCAGGAUCAUGUUAAAAUUCACAUCGGAGAAAAGCCUUUCAUGUGCCAUCUCUGUGGAAAGAGUUACUCAAGAGAAGAUAACCUUAAGGUUCACUUGAGAGUUCACACAGGAGAGAAACCUUUCACCUGCCCUCAGUGUGGAAAGUGUUUCACAGCAAAAAGGAAUCUAAAGAUGCAUGAGAAUUUACACAGGAGAGAGAUACAUACACAUUUCUAUUCUAAGCAAACGGAAACAUAAUUUGCAAAAUCAUUCUACAUUUACAUUUAUUCAUUUAGCUGUCACUUUUAUCCAAAGCGACUUAAAAUUGCUAUAUAUGUCAGAGGUCGCACGCCUCUGGAGCAACUAGGGGUUAAGUGUUGCUCAGGGACACAUUGGUGUCUUACAGUUGAACCCGCGUCUCUCACACCAAAGGCAUGUGUCUUAUCCACUAAACCAACACCACCCGGUUCUCGUAAGAAAUUGCAGUUUUCCUUAGAGUGACGAGGUUUUUAAAUAAAAAGGAGCUGAUUUUUUGGAUUACCCCAUUCUCAUUUCCUUAGGAAGGAACAGGAACGGUAUUACAUUAAAAAUAAUAUCCCAAUUUUGAAACUUACACCUCUUUGUCUUUGUAUGAAAUCUGAACUCAAUUUUAAGGGUAUUGUUUCUAGAUUUCUUGAACACUUUAAGAGUUCCUCCUAUCCAACAUUUGAAGACAUCCUGGGAGAAAGACCUCAGUAUAGACAUUUCAAAAGACACUUAGACCGAGGCCCUUCAAGGAAUUAUGUUGUGUUCCAUCAGCUCUAGCUUUCAGCUCAAUAGUGUCCAAACACCAAUGGUGCGAGGACACUCUUGGAAUUGCUUUCUUCAUCGUCGUCUCGUUUAAAGGGAAUCACAUUUUUUGAGAGGCUAAACAUGCUCCAAAACUUUGCACACUGGUGAACUGGUGGAAUUUUACAUCUGUUAUGUUUCAGAAUUGAGUCAGGUAAAAUGGCUCGAUAGCACCAGCUAUAAAAUUUAAACAAAGCGCCCCCCAGGAACGCUUUACAUACCUUUACAUACGAAGUUGAAAACACAACAGGAAGCCAUUUUGAAUUUACUCAGAUUUUUGUUAAGUUUUGUCCAUUAUCAGCCUUCAUACUUCAACAAUCUCCUCCUACAGCUUUAAUUGGAUAAUCUUCACAUUUAGUGAGUGUAAUCAUAAGUCCUUUGAGAUGUUAAAUUACAAAGAUCUUGAGUUUUUGUCAAGGGACGUGUCUCGCAAUGUCUCGCAAUGUCCAAUCUGCCCCAAACUUAACACUUUUUUUUAUAAGAGUUUUGUUCUGAACACAUGUCCAUGCCCAUAUUCCUAUAUAGUCAUAGCACCGUCUACUGGUAACAAAAAGUGUCAUGUUUAACACUGUUAUGCAAUUGUAAAUAGGCUAGCAACAUGCUAGAAUCAUGUAAAAAAAUAGCUAAAAACACUUAGCUAAUUUGCUAAAGCAUGCUUUUUGUUGCUCAGGCAACUCAGGCAUGCAAUUUCCAAUCUGCCCCAAACUUCACAUGUUUGGCCUGAACACUUCUACAUGCUCAUAUUUGGCUAUAGUCAUAGCACCACCUACUGGCAACAGGAAGUGACACAUUUAACGCUGAGAUGCACAGUGAUAUAUGCCAUAAUGUGCCAAACAUGCUAGAAACAUUCAAGCAACACUUACUGAGUGCUAAUGCUAUUCAUGCCAUGAAGCAGGAAGUUGUUGUAACUCAGCCGUACAAUAUCUAAUGUGGUCCAAAUUUCACACGUUUGAUAAGAUUCCUGGCCUGAACACAGCUAAAGACCAAUAUUCAGUUAUAAUCAUAACACCACCUGCUGACAACACAAAAUGUUUUGUUUUACAUUAACUUUAAACAUGCAGUGUCCUAUUUGCCGCAAAGCUGCUUGUGUUUAGUAAGAGUCCUGGCCUGAAAACAUCUACAAGCCAAUAUUCAGGAAUAAUUUAUAGCACCAAGGAAAUAACGUGUUGGGUGCAAGGGCCCUUUCUAUAUUGCAUGCAGCUUUAAUUCAUUAUAAACUUGUGCAUAAAUUGCAAUAUUCUCAUACCAGUUUACAUUCAUUUUAUUUUCAUUCUAUAGCAGGGGAAAUAUGUUGAAAUUUACUUCACUUCAGAACAUUCAUUCACGGAUUUGCACAGCGUCUUCAGAUAGAGACGAAACUUGCUAGAGAAAAGUGUGAAGUGUGACAAUAUAGCUCUGUAAAUUAAUACAAUUUAAAUAGGGGGGUGUGAGGCCUGGAAUCGGGUACUGUUUAUGUAGCCUGUUGUAGUUAUUUUGUCUGGUAUUCUGGUCUGUGUGUGUGCUCAGAUCUCCUAUUACACCUUUAAGGUCAGGAAUUGGAUACUUGUCAAAUGAAAAGUUUGAUUCCACCUAUCGAUUCCCUCACCUGUAAAGCCCUCUGCAUCGCAGGUGAUCCCACACACCCGUCACACAGCUUCUUCAGUCUGCUGCCAUCAGGGAGGGGACUGCGGAGUCUCCAGGUCAGGAACAGACUAAAGGACGGUUUCAUUCAUCAGGCUGUCAGGAAGCUAAACCCCCUCCCGACCUGUAUGCACCAAGGGUCUGAGAGUAAUGCAAUUUCAAUUCUCUCUGUGUAUGUUCUGUACAUGUCGAAGAAUUGGCAAUAAAGCAGACUCAACUUCA